CGGCCCACGGGGCCGGCCUCGGCCCGGAGCGGAGGAAGGAGCCGCCGAGGAGCAGCCCGAGGCCCCAGAGUCUGAGACCAGCCGCCGCCGCCCCCGCCGCCGCCGCCGCCACUGCGGGGAGGAGGGGGAGGAGGAGCGGGAGGAGGGACGAGCUGGUUGGGAGAAGACGAAAAAAAGUUUUGAGACUUUUCCGCUGCCGCUGGGAGCUGGAGGCGCGGGGACCGCUUGGCGCGGCGCUGCCCUGCGAGGAGGCAGGACUUGGGGACCCCAGACCGCCCCCCCACCGCCUCGGACUCUUGCUCCCUCUCUGCCCCCUACACGGCGUCCUCCAGGCGCCCUCAUUCCGGACCAGCCCUCAGGAGCCGCAAACCCGACUCCCAAGAAGACCUGACCCAGACCUCGGGCGCACCCCCCUACACGCCCUCUCCCCAGCCUCUCUCCUGAGCCCCUGCGCGCCCAAGGACCCUUCUCCGGGAUCCGGGAGACGGGAUCUCGCUCAGAUCUGCCACAGCUCCCCUAUUCAGGACCACCCACCUCUGGUACCAGAUCUCGCCCAUCUGGGUUUCUUCGGUGGGAUACCGAGAAACCACCCAUCAGAGCCUCCCCUCCACCGCCGCUCCGUUCUCCCUGCGGGCCUCAACUUUUCCCCCCAGACCCUCCUACCUUUCCUCGGGAGCCCCCCCAGCCCCUGUAGGGGUGGGGCCUCCCUCUUCCCACCCCAGCCCGGCUCGCGCUCUCGGCAGUGCCGGGGGGCGCCGCCUCCCCCAUGCCGCCCUCCGGGCUGCGGCUGCUGCCGCUGCUGCUGCCGCUGCUGUGGCUACUAGUGCUGACGCCUGGCCGGCCAGCCGCCGGACUGUCCACCUGCAAGACCAUCGACAUGGAGCUGGUGAAGCGGAAGCGCAUCGAGGCAAUCCGCGGCCAGAUCCUGUCCAAGCUUCGGCUCGCCACCCCCCCGAGCCAGGGGGAGGUUCCGCCCGGCCCGCUGCCCGAGGCCGUGCUGGCCCUUUACAACAGUACCCGCGACCGGGUGGCCGGGGAGAGCGCCGAGACGGAGCCCGAGCCCGAGGCGGACUACUACGCCAAGGAGGUCACCCGCGUGCUAAUGGUGGAAACAAGCAAGGAAAACGAUAUCUAUAAGACUGUCAAGCAGAGUCCACACAGCAUAUAUAUGUUCUUCAACACAUCGGAGCUCCGGGAGGCAGUGCCCGAUCCCGUGCUGCUCUCCCGGGCAGAGCUGCGUCUGAUGAGGCUCAAGUUAAAAGUGGAGCACCAUGUGGAGCUGUACCAGAAAUACAGCAAUAAUUCCUGGCGCUACCUCAGUAACCGGCUGCUGACCCCCAGUGACUCGCCGGAGUGGCUGUCCUUUGAUGUUACUGGAGUCGUGCGGCAGUGGCUGAGCCAGGGAGAGGUAAUGCAGGGCUUUCGCCUCAGUGCCCACUGCUCCUGUGACAGCAAAGAUAACAAACUUCAAGUGGACAUCAACGCAGGGUUCAGUUCUAGCCGCCGAGGUGACCUGGCCACCAUUCAUGGCAUGAACCGGCCCUUCCUGCUCCUCAUGGCCACCCCGCUGGAGAGGGCCCAGCACCUGCACAGCUCCCGGCACCGCCGAGCUCUGGACACCAACUACUGUUUCAGCUCCACGGAGAAGAACUGCUGCGUGCGGCAGCUCUACAUCGACUUCCGCAAGGAUCUGGGCUGGAAGUGGAUCCACGAGCCCAAGGGCUACCACGCCAACUUCUGCCUGGGGCCCUGCCCCUACAUUUGGAGCCUGGACACGCAGUACAGCAAGGUCUUGGCCCUGUACAACCAGCACAACCCGGGCGCGUCGGCGGCGCCGUGCUGCGUGCCGCAGGUGCUGGAGCCGCUGCCCAUCGUGUACUACGUGGGCCGCAAGGCCAAGGUGGAGCAGCUGUCCAACAUGAUCGUGCGCUCCUGCAAGUGCAGCUGAGGACCCGCCCCCGCCCGGCAGGCCCCGCCCCCGGCAGGCCCGGCCCCGCCCCCGCCCGCCUCGCCCGGGCUGUAUUUAAGGACACCGCGCCCCAAGCCCACUGGGGGGGCCAUUAAAGGUGGAGAGAGGACGGGGUCUCCGUGUCGUUGGGC